AUGUCAAAGCCAGUAGAUCACAUCAAGAGACCCAUGAAUGCCUUCAUGGUUUGGUCCCGGGGCCAGAGGAGAAAAAUGGCACAGGAGAAUCCCAAAAUGCACAACUCAGAAAUCAGCAAAAGACUUGGCGCAGAAUGGAAGCUGCUAUCAGAAUCGGAAAAGCGACCGUACAUUGAUGAGGCGAAGAGACUGCGAGCACAGCACAUGAAAGAACACCCUGACUACAAAUACAGACCAAGACGCAAGCCCAAGAAUUUACUCAAGAAAGACAGGUACGUCUUUCCCCUUCCCUACCUUGGGGAUACGGAUCAUUUGAAAGGACUUCCUGUAUCUGCCACGGACACUCUUCUGGGAUCCUCAGAAAAAGCUAGAGCGUUUCUGCCGCCGACAUCGGCACCUUACUCUUUCCUCGACCCAAGCCAGUUCAGUUCUAGCGCAAUUCAGAAGAUGACAGAGAUGCCCCACACUUUGACUACCAGCACUUUACCAUAUGCUUCUUCGUUAGGAUACCAGAAUGGCGCUUUUGGAAGCUUGGGCUGCCCGAGUCAGCACACCCACACUCACCCAUCACCCACAAACCCUGGGUACGUCGUACCCUGUAACUGUACCGCCUGGUCAGCGUCGAGUUUACAGCCCCCGGUUGCCUACAUACUUUUCCCGGGUAUGACCAAAACUGGGAUAGAUCCCUACUCUUCAGCACAUGCUGCUGCUAUGUAACUGACUAAUUUCCUAAACUUGAAUACAGCAAUGCAUGUAAAUAAGAACAUCAAGUCAAAAUAAAAUGAUUAAACUAAGGAAGCCAUGGACUUCUGUUUUAAAGGAAAACGAACUAAAACUUUUUAUGAUCACAAACAGGACGUUUCUACAAAGACCU